ACUGCCAUGGCCCUGCGGCGGCUGCUGCAGCACAACCCCGGCGGUCCCGGCGGGGAGCAGGCUCUGCCCGCGGACAGCAGCAGGGUCCGGCUCUUGGCCAGCACCGUGGGGACCCUGCCCCGGGGGCGCAAACAGCUCGCCUUAACCAGAUCCAGCUCCUCGGGUGACCCCUCCAAGCCACAAAGACACCUCGUUGCUAUACUGAAAGAAGAUAGAGAAACCUUUGGGUUUGAAAUCCAGACCAUCAGGUUUCCACACCAGCAUGAUUUCACCCUGGAGGUGUGCACUUGUGUCUGCAGAAUCCAAGAGGAGAGCCCUGCCCACCUGUCUGGCCUUCAGCCUGGUGACAUCCUCACCAGCAUCAACGGCGUCAGCAUCGAGGGCUUUGGGCACAAGCAAAUCGUGGACUUGAUAAAGUCUUCAGGGAACUAUUUGAGGUUAGAGACUGUCAAUGGGGCUCUGUUCCUCCGGAAAAUGGAGCUGGAGACCAAGCUGCAGGUGCUUAAGCAGGCGCUGCACCAGCGAUGGGGAGAGCUGCGGGCGCUGCUGGCCCGGGAGCGGCUCUUGCUGCACGGGGAGGUGAAUGACAGCGCUGUGCUGGGCUCUCUGGAGCUGGAAGAGCCCUGCAGCUCUCCAGGACCCUUCCUCCCAUCCCAGCCCCGCUUCUCCAGCGAGAGCAGCUCCCGGCUCAGCUCCGUGACGCUGGGCAGCGAGGACAGCUUCUACCCGGGCAGCGCCUCUGAGGACUCGGCUGCAGAGAGCCUGAGCCGCCAGUCCAGCCUGGACGAUGAUUGUGUGUUCCCCCGGGAGCGGGAGGGCUCUGCCGGGAGGAAUUCCCUGCGCAGGAACCGCAGCAUCAGCCUGGCCAGCAGCGGCUCCGCGUCCCYGCUCUGGGACACCAGCAGCUGCUCCAGCAGCUUCGGGACCCUCCCGCGCAAGAGCAGGAGAGCCAGUGUCCGAAAACACCUUCUGAAAUUCAUCCCAGGCUUUCACCGGGCACUGCAAGAGGAGGAAAGUCGGGUCUGAUGUCACACGGUGGCACCGCCGGGGAUCUCAUCUCUCACCGCUGAUGAGAUUCACACCGAGCUGGGGUUUUAAUUAUUUUCAUUUUUAAUCAGAGCACGCUGCGGACCUCUUCAUUAACGUGAAAAAUGAGUGACUCCAAAAUGUGAAGAACCUUUGCAGAACUUCCUCAGCGAACUUURGUGUUAAUAACAGUUUUUAAUUGAA